GACUGCAAUCGCUCAAUGUCUGGCACUGCCAAGUAUCUGUGUGAAUUCGACAGGGCACUUGGAGACAGAAAUCUCUUGUCAGUUGCUGCUGAGUUGCAGCACUGGAUUAUUUGCCCUUUCCAGUAUAAAUACCUGAAAAUAUCCUGAAUAAUUUUGUACGUACUGUUCCUAUUUCCUCCUGUUUAUGUGGAUUCACUGGAUUGUCACCGAUUGUGUUGAUUAUGGAGUACAAAUGCAGUGUACGUUGUAUCGAGAUGAUGAAUCGUUGAUCACUACUUUACUUCUUUGGGUAUCUGCUCAUCUUACUGAGAUUUUAGAUGUAGUUGUAAUCUCCGCUUAAAAGUUCUCUGAGCAAUUUCACUCUUCGCCCGAAGUGUCCUGUAAAAGGACGUUUAUUCGGCAGUUAAUAAUAUCAGUUUUGGGUGGCUUUAUAGGCUUUAUUGCUUAUGGCCGUCCGUUGGAAGCGUGGUUUUAUUCAGUCACUUGAUCGUGAUGUCAGUUAUUAUCAACUCCCUGUACCCAUUAUGUAUUGCUGCGGGGCAUGUACAGAGAUCGAUCGCUUGUUUGAAGUUUUUUGUGCUGGGUGUGGAAUCGAAUGCUUGCGCAGCUUGCGGAUGUGUGAUUCCCUUUGACCGUUCCUAUUCCUAAAGAAGUAUGGCACCGGGCUGGUUCCGGGAUGAAGGUGGAUUUUGAGUGGCUGCUGCGCAGUUCAUCGCGGUUGACACUGGAAAAUGGAGUGAACGACGCGGAUAUUCCGGAAGCUCCAGGUACGGAGGCGUUUUUAACUGCGCUCCAUCUUACCGCUGAUAUGCGAAACCAUUUCGAGGGCUGGCGAAAUGUUAUCGGAGAAGGCCAAGCGCGCUACGUUUAUCUUCGUCCGGAUCACCUCAUAGGCAAUCAGGCCGCGCUACUCAAUUCUAUACGAGGAGUUUUGGCGGCGGGCGUAACCUGUGCCGCUGCCAUGGAACGCCGACAUUAAUUAAUCUGCUGCUGGCCACGACUACGAGUCCAUUCACCAUGACACUUAUCAUUUCC